GCACACUGCGAUGUUCAAUAGCUACUUGACGUGCACGAAAUUCAGGUUUUUCAUUUGGGCAACAGUUGCCCUGACGCUCGUUGUGAUUGCAGUGAUCAGCGGCACAACGCUCGCGAACGUAAUCAGCGACGCUAGCAAGCCUUUGACAGCAGCUAAUGACACUGCGGCGCACGCCAGCUGCGCGGCCUCGUCUGUUGGCAGCGCUGAGGCUCUUGUCAGCAAUCUUUUCGCCGCAAUAAAUACAGCAAAGUGUGAGUUGACAAAUGCUAGCCAAUGGCCUGCUGAUUUUGCUGACGAAGCGCUGAGAGAAGGUCUGGGGAAGUAUGAUUUCGUCAUUGUGGGCGCCGGUACGGCUGGUUCGGUGGUUGCCAGUCGUUUAACCGAAAACCCGCGUAUCAAAGUGCUGCUGCUGGAGGCGGGCGACGAUCCGCCUAUAGAAUCUGAGAUCUUCACACUGAGUUCUACGCUACAUCACAGCCCCUAUACCUGGACUGACUUUGGUGAACCGAAUCCGAACUGUUGUCAAGGCAUGCAGCAGCGUCGCUGUUAUUGGCCGCGCGGUAAAAUGGUAGGUGGCUCAAGCUCUAUGAGUGGAAGUAUUUUUUUGCUUGGUAAUAAAGACGAUUUCGAUCGAUGGCGUCUAUUGGGUUGCGAUAAGUGGUCGUGGGAGGAAAUGAAAUUUUUGUAUGAAAAAGCGCUAAAAUCUUCGCAGCACGAAGUCGUCGAUAAACCGGUUGGUACCGUAGUACUGAACCAGUUCGACCAGCUGGAGGAGCACAAAGAACUAGCGCAACUUGUGCUCAAUGCUAGCAGCGAGCUAAAGUUGCGCUAUAUAACCGAUUUAUCAGAUGGCACUAUCGUUGGUUAUACAGACGCAAUACCCGCGAAUAUAGAAAAGGGAAGGCGCAUGAGCGUUGCGAAAACUUAUUUGGGGCGGGUAUCACGUAGCCGACCUAAUCUACAUGUCAUUAAAAGGGCAAUGGUUACGAAAAUACUCUUUUCUUCAGACCACAGUCGCGCUGUGGGCGUUGAAUUCAUCUUACGCAAUCGCCAUCGCUUAAAAGUUGCCGCUAUGAGCGAGGUGCUUCUUGCGGCAGGCGCCAUAAAUUCGCCAAAAUUACUGUUACAGUCGGGCAUUGGCCCAAGUGAGCAUUUGAAGGCGCUGCGCAUAAAACAAAUCGCAGAUUUGCCUGUAGGCAAUAAUCUACAUGAUCACGGCAUGCUGCCUUUGAUACUCAGGUUUGGGCGCGAAAUUAACCUGCCACGCAGUAUGGACGAACCACAAAGCGUUGCCGAUUAUUUUUUGCGCCAAACGGGUCCACUUGCAGCCAGUAUCAGCAUUAUGGGUUUCAUUAACACCAAUGCGAGCAGCAGCAGUCAGUAUCCCGAUCUGCACUUGGUGUCGCACACGAUUGUACCGGCGGGUACUGCCGACAGCUUCAAAUUUCUGCAGCUUCGCGAUGAAAUAGUCGCUGGAAUUUCACGCGCGGCCGGCAAUAAAAGCCUCUUACAAAUCUAUGGAUCGUUACUACGUCCGCUUUCGAGAGGCAAAGUGCGUCUCCGCUCAGCCGAUCCGCAAGCGCCGCCGCUCAUAUACAACAACUAUGCCAGCGAGCCCGCUGAUCAGCGCACAUUGCUAAGAAAUGUGCGCUUCGUGCAGCGCUUGUGCAUCACUGCGGCGUUUAAAAACUAUGGUUUAGAGCUGUUGCAUGUGCCCAUUGAGGAAUGCGAUCGGCUGCCGUACGAUUCAGAUGACUAUUGGUUGUGUUACAUAAAAUACUUGUAUAUCGGUGCUUGGCAUCCGGUGGGCACGUGCCGCAUGGGCGCAGACACCGAUUCGCACGCUGUAGUAGAUCAGCGUCUACGUGUGCGCGGCGUGAACGGCUUGCGUCUGGUUGAUGCGAGCAUAAUGCCAGAAAUAACAAGCGGCAAUACGAAUGGCCCAACAACGCUAAUUGCCGAAAAAGCAGCUGUGAUGAUUGAGGACGACUGGCAGGAGGAACUAACGUGAUUGUUCUCCUUACUGGUGUAUAUACUUGCUUUCGAAACGUAA